UGAGAUUUCAUUGCUCACUCCGUUGUUCGUGCGGCUUCGCGUGCACUGAAAUGCUUGACUAGCCGGAGCUACUUUUCUGAUGAUAGAGAGUUCACAGUGGGGAUUACUGGCUGCCUAAAGUCAUGGUGGGAGUUUUCGCGGGAUGAGAAGCACCAGGGGCCGCGCGUGCUGGGGACAUCCAGGGCGCCGGUAGUGCGCACCCUCAGGAGCAGCGGUGGGUGGCGGGCAGGCGGACGGGUUUGCGGCGGGGUCGGUCCCCUCCUGAUGACAAAGCGGGUGACCCCACCGAUGAAUAACUCGGGAGGAGCUUUUGCAUGAGAGACAAGAUGUUCGCAGCGUUUUUUCCCCUGAAGAAACUGCGGCGCAAUGGCAAAUAUCUUCUGUUCGGGGCGAUUCUGCUGGUCGGAGUUGUGGCAGUGUACCAUGAGAUGGUGGCUGCAAAAGCUUGGAGCAGUGAUACCAGUAUGAAUCCUGACAGCAGCAGCUGGAGGAGAUCCAUGUUUGACGAAAGGGUCAGAAGGGACCACCAACCAGUCUCUGUGGAGGAUUCAACUGCUUGGAGAGCCAGCUACACUCCACGAAGCUGGAAACCAGAGUAUAAGGGACAGGCCAAUCUGCAUGUUUUUGAGGACUGGUGUGGCAGUUCUACAGCUGACCUCCACAAGAACAUGCACUACCCACUGUAUCCUCAUUACAGGACGACAGUUAAGAAGCUGGCCGUCUCUCCUCAGUGGAUCAACUACGGGCUCAGGAUAUUUGGUUAUCUACAUCCUUACAUUGACGGAGAUUUUGUGUUUGCUUUGAGCUCUGAUGACAACUCAGAAUUGUGGCUCAGCACAGAUGACUCUCCCGAUAACUUGCAGUCAUUGGCAUGGGUUGGAAAGACUGGAACAGAAUGGACUGCCCCUGGUGAAUUUGAGAAGUAUGCCAGUCAGACCUCCAAACCAGUCUGGCUGUCUGCUCAAAGAAGGUACUUUUUUGAAGUCAUCCACAAGCAAAACCACAGAGGGACUGACCAUGUGGAGGUGGCAUGGCAGCUCCUUGACCAAGGCUCUCGUUUCAAGGUUAUUGAAUCCCAUCACAUCUCCCUCUACGUUAAUGAGUCUGCCUUGUUAAUGAGUGACGUAGCCCACAUACCACAGACGGCUGCAAGCCACCAGCACACCACCACAGAACAGCAGAAAGGUGCAGCAGACAUGCUGAGGGAAGACCCGCGAGACUCUUUCUACCAAGUGCCUUUGCUAGACAACAAGUUCCUACAAGGUGUCCUUCCUGACUGCUCGUACAAGCCCAGCUACAUAAUAAAAGACUUUCCUCUCCUCCGCUAUCAAGGACUGCAGUUUGUCCACAUGUCCUACAUCUUCCCCAAUGACUACACCCGACUUACACACAUGGAGACAGAGAACAGCUGCUUCUACCCCGAAAGUCCCUACUACAUGAAGAUGUUUGGUUUCUCCAGAUACAUGAGAUUAGACCGACCUGAUACGCAGGAAACAGGAAACAUAGGACAAGAUUUUGGCCUCCAAAGAAGAAAAUCGGAGCAAGUUGAGGAAGAUUACUUUAACAAUGAAACCUAUCAAAGAGAAAAGGAAGCGGGGCGGGACCAGGUUGAUAACGCAAUCUUUCCAGACUAUGGUGAUGAUUUUGAUGAUUAUGCUCAGAAACGCAGGCGCAAACUCUUCUCCUUAGUCGUGCAAGACACUAAUAACAAGCUACAGAACACGUCUGACACAAGACGGCACACAGAUGAGUUGCAAAGGAGGCAACUGAAAGACAUUGUCCCAGAGCCAGAGCAACAGAAACCAGCCCAACCUCAGCAAACAACACCAGCCUCAAAACAUCAACCGCCUCUGCAACACAACCACUCACAGUUAAAGCUGGAGAGCCGGAUUAAAAAAGUAGACAAGAUAAAACUGAAGGGAAAGUUAAAACCAGCAAAGAAACGAAAGCCUGAAUCAGUAAAGACCGCUGUGAGACCAGGAAAGACAAAUCCCAUGAAGUCAUUGGACAGAGAGCAGCUUAAACCAAUGGAACAACCAGCAGUCCCCUCAGAGCAGCUCCAUUCUAAACGGCUUAAUAUACAGAGGUCCCGUAAAAUGAACAGUACCAAAAAUCAGAGACUCAAAGACUCAAAACUUCAACCCUUAGAGAAGGCUAAGGAGGAUGCUCCUCCGCCUGAAAACCCCACAGUGGACCUUCAGCGGAAGUUAGUAAAGAUUGAUCUUCAGCCAACUGCAAAUCACCAAUUUGCGACUCCUAAGAAGGACAUUGAGCGCUCUGUAGUAUUGCUAAAUCAGAGGGACACAUAUACUAAAAACAAACGUAGGGAUAGGGAGCGAAAGAAGAAAAUGCCUCUGCAGGAUCUAGAAAAUAGCAUUAAUAGAGCAAAAAUUAUGGCUGAAGGGAAAAUGGAGAAAAAACAGUCAGUUACGAGAGAAGUGGAGGACCAAGGAGGGAAAGAAGAGGAGGAUCGUAACAGGGCAGUGAGACAGAGAGAGUCUCUGUGGCGACCAGGGGAAGACUUUGAAGGUACGGAUGAUGAGGAUCUUACCCCAGCGCCGGUGUUUGACACGGAGGUUAACUGGAGCCAGACUUUCCAGGUCAACCACCUGGACCUUCAGGCUCAGCGGUCGGACUGGAUCGACCUACAAUGCAACAUCUCAGGCAACGUGCUCCUCCAGCCCCGUGACGCUUUGCUCAUAGUCCAGGCUUUCAUGGACCAACUCAAUCAAAAGCACCAUGGGCAGUUCACGUUGGUGCGUGUGGUUAACGUUGUGAAGCGUGUGGACGGGAUGCAGGGCAGCCGCUACCUUGUGGAGCUUGAGCUGAAAGAUGCAAAUGGCCAGCUGCUGCGCCUAUCGCACUACAUCUACACUCUGACCCGCCAUAGCAGGCAGCCCAGCAAGGACUUCCGUUUCCAACGACAGGAACCUCAGCUGGUGCUGUGUAACCCGGUGGGCUUCCGCUGGAACCCAGAGGCCACCGUUCACUUCAUAGUACCAGUGAAAAACCAGGCUCGCUGGGUGCAGCAGCUGAUUUCAGAUAUGGAACAACUUUUCAGAGAAACCAGAGACUCCAACUUCAACCUCAUCAUCGCCGACUACAACAGCACUGACAUUGAUGUGAGGAAGGCUCUAAAGAAGUCCUCACUCCCCAGGUACCAGUAUGUGAAGCUGAGCGGAAACUUUGAGCGCUCUGCGGGUCUGCAGGCAGGAAUCGAUCUUAUAGAUGAUGACCACAGCAUUGUGUUUCUGUGCGACCUCCACAUCCACUUCCCUCCCUCCAUCAUUGACACCAUCAGGAAGCACUGUGUGGAGGGAUACAUGGCGUUUGCUCCAAUAGUGCUGAGACUGUCCUGCGGGGCUAUGCCAUUAGAUGCCAAAGGUUACUGGGAGGUCAACGGCUUUGGCCUGCUGGGCAUCUUUAAGUCAGAUCUGGACGCAGUGGGAGGAAUGAACACCAAGGAAUUCAAAGAGCGCUGGGGAGGAGAAGACUGGGAGCUCCUCGACAGGAUUCUCCAGGCAGGACUGGAGGUGGAGAGGUUCUACUUGAGGAAGUUCUUCCACCACUAUCACUCCAAACGUGGCAUGUGGAACCGCCGUGUGUCGCCUAGGCACAGUUGAGCCUGUCACCUGCUCACUGCACCAUAACAAUGAUCGCCAUGGUUACAACCACGGCAACCAGAGCACUUUAAGGCCAGAGCCUGAUACAUGCAUAACCACACAACCUUCUGACCGACAGCCACGGUGUCCAAAGAUCGGAUACUGUCUUCAUUAUGUGAGCUGUGUGGAGAAAAAGCAAUCCACAGCAGUGACAAUCGUUGUUAAGGAAAUACUACUGAUAGAGUUUAUUACACUGGAUGUUCUGUUGACUACUGCUAGGGUACUGGUGGAUGAGUGCCAACGACUGUGUGAUAUUACAAAUGAAGAUACACCAUGACUGAGGCAAAGAUCAUCUGCACUACCUACUGCAAAGGAACUUCUCUGAUCCAAAGACAAAAACGUGAAUU